UAUAUAAAUUGGCCAGAAUUAGAGUUCAAAUGAGAACUGCAACUCAUAUAAAUUUCUAAAUUUCUAAAUUAUUUUGUAUUCGCGAUUUUUGUUUUUCCUAAAAUAUUAAUAGUACACCCAAUAAAAACUCAAUUAAGGUUAGAUUGUAUCAUUUUUUUUUAUUUACUCCUUGAUUUUUCCGGGAACCAAAUAGUUAUUUUAUUUGUAAAUGGUGUAGAUUACAAGUCACGCGAUAAUGAACUUCAUGAAUAUGAAUUAUUAGUAAUCAAUCUCACGUUGUCACUGCAUUUUUGAAAGUAUAAAAUGUCAAAGUUUUUAUUUUCUUCUUCGAAUUAAAAGAAUAACCCCAAAAAUAAACAAAAAAUGGAACCUUGUGUAACAAAAAUAGCACUUGUCACUGGUGCAAACAAAGGAAUUGGUUAUGCAAUUGUACGCAAUCUUGCUUUAAGAUAUGCUCAACGUUCCUCAGAUAAUCCUCCACUAACUAUCUUCUUGACAGCUCGUGAUCCAAAUCGUGGUCAAGAAUCUUUGAGGAAAAUCAAACAAGAAUUAAAAUCUAAACAAAUUUUAAAAGAUGAAAAUGGAAAUGUGGACAUUAAGUUUUUGAGAAUGGAUUUGAUUGAUGAACAAAGCAUCAAGGACGUUAAACAAAUUCUUGCAAAUGAAAAUGGACUUGACAUAUUAAUUAAUAAUGCUGCAAUAGCAUCCGGAAUUGGAGAAUUUGAUAUUAAUGUUGUUCGUUCAACUUUGGCAACAAAUUUUUAUGGUACACUCAAUUUAUGCAAUCAACUUUAUCCUCUGAUUCGUCCAAAUGGAAGAUUAAUUAAUAUAUCAAGUUCAGUUGGGAUGUUAAAGACAUUGAGUUCUCCGGAACUUCAAAAAGAAUUUAGCCGAGAAGAUCUUGAUAUUGACGAAUUGAUAGGAUUGAUGAAGAAAUUCGAAAAUGAUGUCGAAAACAAUCAGUGGAUAAAAGAAGGAUGGCCUUCCAAGGCUUACAGUGUAUCUAAGGUUGGGCUUAAUGCCAUGACAAAAAUUUUUGCACGUCGUGCAGACAGUGAAGGCAAAAAUAUUUUGGUUCAUGCAUGCUGUCCAGGUUGGGUCGCAACUGAUAUGGGUGGUCCUAAUGCACCAAGAAAUAUUGAUCAAGGUGCCGAGACUCCUAUUUAUCUUGCACUUGAUGAAAAUGUUGUUCCUGAAACUAAAAAUGGUGAAUUUUGGCGGAACAAGCAAGUUGUUCCUUGGUAAAAAGUGUAUAUUUAAUAUACAGUAUAUAUAUUAUAAUAAUGUUAUUAAAAAAAAAAAAAAAA